AAAAUAAUAAUAAGGCAAGGCAGAUCAAACUUGAUCAUCUCAUACUUGAUUUAUUUUGUUUACGUUAUGUCAUUAUUUUAUGCAAAAAAGAUGUGUAAUAAAUCUGAAGAAUAAAGUAUUCAAAUUCUACGCCAGAAGUAUGCACCACGGUUAUUCUGGAGAUUAUGAAGAAGCUGUCAAAUGUUUAAAUGAAUUGCAGACGAAUAAAGAUGUAUUAAAGGAAAUUAGAAGAAAUUCUGAUGCUUAUGCUCUUUUCAAUAUACCCAAAGUGAAGCAUUUUAUCAAGCUAUUAAAUAUUCAGAUGGAGGAUAUCGAUGCUUUGCCGAUAAUACAUGUUAGUGGGACCAAAGGCAAAGGGACCACCUGUGCUUUUACCGAGAGAAUCUUGAGGAACCAUGGAUUCAAAACGGGGCUUUUUACGUCUCCUCACAUGCUCACUGUCUCCGAACGCAUUAAAAUAAAUGGGCAGCCACUGAGCGCCGACAAAUUUUGCACUUACUUUUGGCCCAUAUACGAACGCCUGAGGAACAGCGAGAAUAUCAAUAAUGGAUUGGUGCCUUCUUUCUUCCAGUUCUUGACGUGUAUGGCCUUUUCCGUUUUCAUGCAAGAGAAAGUUGAUGUGGCAAUAUUCGAAGUUGGUAUUGGCGGUCAAUAUGAUUCCACCAAUAUUGUCAGAAAGCCGAUUGUUUGUGGAAUAACUUCUAUUGGUAUAGAUCACGUUAUAGUUUUGGGAGAUACCCAUUCGAAGAUAGCAUGGCACAAGGCUGGAAUUAUUAAACCGAAAGUUCCAGUUUUCACGGUUAUGCAGCCUCCCGAUGCUAUGAAAGUCUUGAUGCGAAGAGCUCACGAUAACAGGAGUGAACUCAAGAUCUGCCCUCCCUUACACAACUACGACCAAUUUCCCGCCUCCGAAAAGAUAAAGUUGCGUCUUAAAGGCGCAGUAUAUAGGAUUAACGCUUCCUUGGCCAUUCAAUUGGCUCAUACAUUCUUACAAAAAAUCGAUAAAAAGAAUGGCCUGCAUUUAUCCAAUGGUUACCACGUCAAUGGACUUAGGAUUAGUAAUGUGUCAGAAUUUAACCAUAACGAAUUUCCCAAUUACGAGCAAGAGGAAGCCGAAGCUAAAGCUAAUGGAACUUAUCAUUCUGAAGAUGAUAAGGUAGAUGUAGAUGAUAUUCCUGUCCUGGGACCUAUCUUCCCCUUAAGUGCUGAAUAUAAAUCCGCCCUUGAGGACUGCUAUCUGGAUGGUAGGAGUCAAAUAAUCAAACGUGGCAACACGCGAUUUUAUUUAGACGGUGCCCAUACGUUAAGCAGUAUUAAAUAUUCGUUGAAAUGGUUCCAGAAAAUGUCAUCCACAUUUAGCAAACAUGAUCGUGAUCCUGCCUUCGUUUUAGUAUUCAAUUGCACGGAAGAUCGGGAUGCAGCUGUUUUAUUGAAACCUUUAUUGAAUUUUCCUUUUACCAGAGUCGUAUUUAGUCCGAGUAUCGAGGACAAUUCCCUUACUAAAAAAGAAACUCUUAACAGCAUGUCGAGCUUCCAGGAUCAGUUGGAUAUAUGCGCCAACAACAAACGAUUGUGGGUAGCGUUAGAGACCUUAGAUUUUGAUCGAAACCAUAAAAAAAACCAUGAUAUUUUGAUGAAUGGGUUUGGCGGGAAGCAUAUCAAGAAGUCUGAAUCAAAUGGAUACCUGGAUGAUUCAUCCAAUUUUUAUUCUUCCACUGACGAGGAAAUGUCGGAAUUUGACGAUCUGAUGAAUAAAAAAACUGUCUUUAAUCCUAUGGAUAAAAUAUAUUCCCAUACCAAUGCUACACCUAUCAUAGUUGAUUGUGUCAAAAAGGCUAUGGAAUCUAUCCAAAACCCUUCAAAAGAAACCCACGUUUAUGUCACGGGCAGUCUUUAUCUCGUGGCAACAUUCUUAAAGAUUUUAAAAGAUGAAACGAAAAUUUGACUAACGGUUUUUAAUUUUUAAAAAAUUAAUAAAAUAUUAACUUUUUAAUUAUGCCUUUUUUGGAUAAAUAUUUUUUUAAAGCAAUUGAUAGGUAGGUAAAUUUAUUUAUUAUCUCUUCUAUAUUGUUUAUAAUAUUUCUAAUCGAUAUCCAAUUAAUGUAAUCAAGUUAGGCUUACGAUUCCUUACAGUAUUAAAUAUUGUUAAUAUUAUUUAAGACCAAAUAUAUUGUAAUUUUUUUUUAAAUCGAAUUUUAGUAAACCUUCAAUAUUAAUUUUUACAUGAUAUUAUGUGUAUUUUUAAAUUUUUUUUAAUAAAACUUUAUUAUUAUAGUUAUUAACUUUAAGAUUAGGAACAAAUUCAAUUUCAU